AUGGCUGAACUUGCAUUUCCUUUGGCAGCCAAACUCAUUGAAAAGCUCGGGUCCAUUGCUUCUGAGCAGAUCUCCUUGGCAUGGGGCGUUAAAGCUGAUCUGAAAAAGCUUCAGCGCACAAUGUCCACCAUCAAAAACGUCCUCUUGGAUGCCGAACAGAAGCAAGCUCAUAACCAGCAGAUCCGCAGUUGGCUACGACAGCUUAAAGAUGUAUUUCUUGAUGCCGAGGACUUGUUGGAUGAGUUCGAGUGCGAAGCUUUGCGGAGGGAAGUGGUGGAAACAUUUCAUGGCACAAUUGGAAAGGUACGCCGUUUCUUCUCUCGUUCUAAUCCAAUCGCAUUCCGUUUCAGAGUAGGCAAUGAAAUCAAGGAGAUUAGAGAGAGAUUAGAUGAGCUCAAGUCCAAUAAGGCUAUAUUUGAUUCUCUCACCAGUAUUGAUCAUCAUGGAGAUGGAGGUGAUCAUCAUGAAAGACCCUUCGUUCCUGCUUCAAAGGUUAUUGGUAGAGAGUCUGAGAAGGAAGAAAUUGUAAAUCUGUUGAUGCAACAAGGUGAUGAUGAUCAAAGUGGGAAUUCUAAUAAUAAAGUCUCUGUCAUUCCGAUAGUGGGGAUUGGAGGUUUAGGGAAGACCACACUUGCCAAGUGGGUGUACGAUGAUAAAAGGGUCGUUGGGCAUUUCGAAUUGAGGAUGUGGGCAUCUGUUCCGGUGGACUUUGAACUUACUAGAUUGACAAGACUGAUUCUUGCCUCUGCAUUAGAUACAGAGAUCAGUGAUAAAUUAACUCUGGAUCAGUUGCAAGGAAGGCUAUGUGAAGCUUUGAAGGAUAAGAAAUUUCUGCUUGUCUUGGAUGAUGUUUGGAAAGAUGAUGCUUUGAAGUGGAGUCAGUUGAGAGAUCUAUUGACAGAGGGAGCCAAGUCAGGAAGUAAGAUUUUAGUGACCACAAGAAGUACCGCAGUUGCUGAGAUCAUGGAAUGUGCUUUUAAAGAGGGAUGUGAUAAAGACUAUCCUAAGCUCUUUGAAAGGGGAAUGGAUAUUGUCAGAAAGUGCGGAGGGGUUCCACUGGCGGUGAAAACUUUAGGGAGUCAACUAUACUCAAAAACUGAUGAGCGCGAAUGGAAAUUGGUGAGCGAUUCUGAGAUAUGGGAAUUAGAACAAGAAGAUGCUGGUCACAUUUUACCUGCUUUGAGAUUGAGUUAUACCCGAUUGCCUCCUCAUUUGCAACAAUGUCUUGCUUACUGUUCCCAUCUUCAAAAAGAUAGGAUUGAAUGUAGUAGUUAUGCAUUGAUCAGAUAUUGGAUGGCACAUGGAAUCCUUGAUCAGUCCCGUGUUCAUGGGAAUAUGGAGUUGGAAGACAUCGGAGAGCUGUAUUUUAAAGAUUUAUGGGUGAGAUCCUUCUUCAAAACGUUACUGAUCAUGGAAUUGAAGUCUGCAAACACCAAAGACAUAUAUGAAAAUGUUAGACAUUUGACAUUUUUGGAAGUUGGCCAAAAUGUUUCAACAACCUUGCAAAAGUUGAACAAAGUGCGGACUGUAGCAGCAAACGAAAUAGAGAUUGAUGAAUCCUUCCUUGACACUUGCUUUUCAAGAUUCAAGUAUUUGCGAGCGGUUGAGUUACCUACAUGUUCAUUUCAAGUGUUGCCAAGUUCCAUUGGUUCCUUGAAACAUUUGAGAUUUCUGAACUUGAGUUCUAAUGAAGCAAUAACGAAACUCCCCAAUGCAAUUUGCAGACUGCAGAGCUUGCAAACUCUAUAUUUUGGUGGGUGUGAGAAUCUUGAAGAGUUGCCCAAAGAUAUAAGCAAAUUGAUCAGCCUCACAUCACUUGGUUUUACGACGAAACAAACAAGUUUUACAGAGAAUGGGGUGGGAUGCUUGAAAUCACUUCAAUUUCUUACUAUUGCCAAGUGUAGUAAUUUAACCUCUUUGCCGUGUGAAACGAGUUAUCUUACUUCCUUACGGACUCUAGCGCUAGAGGAAUGUGAACAACUGGAUUUGGGGAACGUAAAUUAUCAAGGAACUCCACUGAGGCUUCAAAACUUGUUGAUUAUGAAUUUACCACGGAUGGUGACAUUGCCUGAAUGGUUUCAAGGAGCGGCUAACACCCUUCAAUUCUUGGUUAUUAAAGAGUGUGAGAAUUUGGAGGCAUUACCUGAGUGGUUGGCAAGUUUCACAUCACUCACAAAGUUGAUCGUUGGUGAAUGUUAUAAAUUGUCGUCUCUGCCAGAGGGGAUGCGUUCUCUUACCUCCUUAAGAGAACUUGUGAUUGAUGAUUGUCCUGAAUUAGAGAGGAGAUGUCAACGCAACAUUGGAGAAGAUUGGUCCAAGAUUUCUCAUGUGCCACAUGUUUCCUUUCACUUGUUCGAUUGA